AUGGAAUUCGGCUCUAAAAGAAAAGAUUUUGGAAUUUGGUUUUGUCAAUUCAAAAGCAUACAGCUCCUUGUUCAUUUACAAGUCAACCUUUGUUUCAUGCUUCCUGCUGAAGUCAUUCCUACUACAACGGGUUUAUUCCCGUCCCAACACAAAUACAUUUAUGACAUUCUCGCAAAGGCAAACGUGCUUGGAUCAAAAGAAAUGUCCACUCCACUAUCCACAACAAUAGCUCUUACACUCAUUGAGGGCACUUCAAUAGUAGACAGCAAUGAGUUUAGGAGUGUCAUAGGUGUACUCCACUACAAAAAGACUCCUAAGAUACUUGAAACAGGAACUCGGCUCAAACAUUUCAUCUCCACCAAAUUACUUUGUGACAACUUGGCUGCAGCACAACUCAGCCUUAACCCUGUUCAAUAUUCUCGAAUGAAGCAUAUUCAAAUAGACCUGCAUUUUCUUAGAGAUAUAGUUCAAAAAGUUGUGCUGAAAGUCCAUCAUGUAAAUACCCAAGAACAACUUGCAGAUCUUCUCACAAAGCCAUUGUCAAAGCAACGAACUAGCCAACUAAGAACCAAGAUUGGAAUUGCGGAUGGUAGCCCUAUCUUGAGGGGGCGUAUCAAAGAUCAUGGCACAAAUCAAGCAAUAGAUCAUAACAAAGAUAAUUAG